GCCAAUAAAGAAGAGUGGACAAUGAGAGAUCUUGCAAUCAAGUUUAUCCUCCUUGUAGCAAUGUCAAUGGCUUUAGCCUUAUCUCUUUCAGCCGAUCAUCCUUCUAAUGCCCUUCCAUCACUUCAAGGUGGUGGGAGUCAUUUCCUUCAACAGACAAGACGACCUAUGACAACAAUGUGCAAUAAAUACCCAAGGAUUUGCCUUGCCAAGGGUAGUCCGGGGUCGGAUUGCUGCAGGAGAAGAUAUGUCGAUGUCUCUAGAGAUAGACUGAAUUGUGGUAAAUGUGGGAACAAGUGCAGAUACUCGGAGACUUGCUGUGGAGGCAAAUGCGUGAACCUCUCAACGAACAAGAAGCACUGCGGAGGUUGUAGUAACGUGUGCAGCCAUGGGAGUCGACGAUGUGUGUUCGGAAUGUGCAGCUAUGCAUAA